GGCGGUUCGUCGGCGCCUUGUUCUGUUGUUUGGGGUCUGGGCUCCCGGAGGGGCGUUCUCGGGAGGGCCGCCGGUGCAGGCCGCGCUGACACAGGGCCGCUUCGCCCCGGGGGGCUCCGUGCGCUCGCGCUCGCGCUCUCCCCGUCCCGCGGGGGCCCCAACAUGGCGCAGGAGGUGUCCGAGUACCUGAGCCAAAACCCGCGGGUAGCCGCCUGGGUGGAGACGCUGCGCUGCGAGGGCGAGACGGACAAACACUGGCGCCACCGCCGGGAGUUUCUGCUUCGCAACGCCGGGGACCUGGUCCCCGCCACCGACGAGGCUGCGGACGCGGAGAGCGGAGCCCGCCGCCGGCAGCUCCAGCAGCUCGUCUCCUUCUCCAUGGCCUGGGCGAACCAUGUCUUCCUAGGGUGCCGGUACCCUCAAAAAGUUAUGGAUAAAAUUCUUAGUAUGGCUGAAGGCAUCAAAGUGACAGAUGCUCCAAUCCAUACCACACGAGACGAACUGGUUGCCAAGGUGAAGAAAAGAGGGAUAUCAAGUAGCAAUGAAGGGGUAGAAGAGCCGUCCAAAAAACGAGCCGUAGAAGGAAAAAACAAUUCUUCGGUUGAGCGAGAUCAUGGGAAAACAGCCAAAACCGAUCGUUCAGCGGCUCAGCAAGAAAACAGUUCAGCGUCCAGGGGGUCGUCCACCAAAUCAGAGAGUGGUGGGACCUCAGCUCGGAGCAGCUCCAGUGGCUCCCAUCAGAAUAGUUCCACAAGUGAAGGAGACAGAUCUGUUUGCAGCCAGAGCAGCAGCAAUUCCUCUCAGGUAACGGCAGGGUCUGGAAAAGCUUCUGACUCAGAAGCUCCAGAUAAACGUGGUUCAGCGUCAUUUGUUUCUUCCCUGUUGAAAUCCAGUAUGAAUAGUCAUAUGACGCAGUCCACUGAUAACAGACAGCAGAGUGGAUCACCUCAGAAGGGUGCUCUGGAAGGUUCUUCAGGCUCAGCCUCUCAGAGCAGCUCAGAGAUUGAGGUGCCCUUGUUGGGUUCCUCUGGAAGUGCAGAAGUAGAGUUGCCAUUACUAUCUUGUAAGUCUAGUUCAGAGACAGCUUCAAGUGGGUUAACAUCUAGUUCAGAGGCAAACAUUUCAUCAUCAGUUUCAAAAAACAGUUCCUCAUCAGGCAGCUCUUUACUAACUCCCAAGAGCAGUUCAACAAAUCCAUCACUGCUGACAUCCAAAAGCUCGGCUCAGGUCGCUGCAUCACUGUUAGCGUCCAAAAGCAGCACUUCCUUGGGAAGCAUGUCUCAGCUAGCUUCCAAGAGUAGUUCUCAGAGUAGCACUUCACAGUUGCCUUCUAAAAGCACCUCACAGUCCAGUGAGAGUUCUGUCAAAUUUGCUUGUCGAAAGUUAACCAAUGAAGAUAUAAAACAGAAGCAACCUUUCUUCAAUAGACUGUAUAAGACAGUGGCAUGGAAGUUAGUAGCAGUUGGUGGCUUCAGCCCCAGUGUGAAUCAUGGAGAGCUGCUGAACGCAGCUAUUGAGGCUCUGAAAGCAACACUGGAUGUGUUUUUUGUCCCACUGAAAGAACUGGCAGAUCUGCCUCAAAAUAAGAGCUCUCAAGAAAGUAUUGUCUGUGAAUUGAGGUGUAAGUCGGUGUAUUUGGGCACUGGGUGUGGAAAGAGCAAAGAAAAUGCAAAAGCAGUUGCAUCGAGAGAAGCACUUAAGUUAUUCCUCAAGAAGAAGGUGGUGGUGAAGAUCUGUAAAAGGAAGUACAGAGGGAAUGAGGUAGAAGACCUAGUACUCCUUGAUGAAGAAUCAAGACCCGUAAACUUACCUCCAGCACUGAAACAUCCUCAAGAAUUACUGUAACUUCUCCAAGUUAUCACUGAAUCCAGUAUCUGGUGUUUGAAGAGAAAAACUGGCUUUUAUAUAAAACACUGGCUUUCACAGAUUUUAUAUUGCUUUUUUCCAGUUUUGCAGAAAAUUUAAAUUCUAGUUCUCUUCACUAAAGUAGAGCUGUAAAUAAUUUAUGACAGUGCAUAUUAAAGGGUAUACAUUGACAGCAUACCAGCGUGCUGUUUUAUUUGCUGAAGAAAAUACUGUCUUCUAUUUUUAAUGAUAUAUUAGGUACGAUGUGUAGUUCUGUAGAAUCUUAAAAUUUUUGUACUACUACCAGUUUGGUAGAAAAUGUAUUAAGCUGUCUACCAUGCUUUUUUUUUUUUCUUCCCUAACUUGAUUAAAUCACAUAAAAGGGGGGACCACAGUAUUUGAAUGUGUGAAACUAUACAACUUAAGGUUUAAGAAUGUUGCUCAUGAUGUUGAACAUCUUUUAAAGAAUAAGAGUAGUUGUCUCAAACAUUUUCAUGAGAAGCUGUAAACUUUUUUUUUUUUUAGCUAUAAAGCAGUAUAAAGUACUUAUUGUUAUUUUAUUCUGAAAUUGUUUAAAAUUCUCUAUGAUUUUGACCGCUGCAGAUUCUUAAGCAGGUUAAUUUAUGUUUUGAGGUAAAUUUCAAUUUACACUUUCUUAAGACAUAAUGUUGGUUUCUAUAGUAAGCAUAUUUUGUGACUACUAUGAACAGACUGAUUUGUUUAGAUAUUAAAUGCUUUAAGCUAUUUUACCUUUUCAAGAAGUUGUGUUUUUUUCCCCCCACCCUGAAGUUAUAACUAAGGCUCUCACUACUAUUCAAACUACGACCAAGUAAUUUUCAUAGUAUAAAACACAUUUAUAAACGGGGAAUUUAUAUCUAGAACCAGGUGGUUUCUGUAUUCGCAGGUUUUAGAAGAAUGUGGAGAGGACUAGAGAGCCAUGGUCAGCUCUGUGUUCAUGUGGAUUGCAUCUGUUAGUAAUAAAGUAGGAUCUUGUUUCUGUGUCUUUGGUAAUUCUAUAAUCUCAUAGGGUUUAUUUUAAAAGUCUGCUCUAAGGUAUAUGACUUUUGACCUUCUGGCUUUCUAGGAACUGCACACUGGAUGUACCGAAGGUAAUAUAUAGAAAAAAAGACCUUUCAUAUUUACUAUUUAUAUUGGUAUUGGAAGGUUGAACAUAAGCACAAUUUAAGUGUGUAAAAAUUAGUUUUUAGUUUAGGAAUAAUAAAAAUGCGUAAUUUCCUGAGCUUGAACUGAAAUACUCAGGGAUGUUUGUAUUUUGCCAGAUAACAUUUUUAAAUUAUUUGGUUUUUUUGAGAAUGGCUCAUUGGAUACCAGAGCAAAAUCUAUAUUCUGUAAAUGGUCUGGCUGCCCUUAUAUAUUGUGGAAAACACUAACAUAAGUGAGUUGUAAAAAAACACUGUCAAGUUUCUUCUGUUGUGAGUUUUGUAAACUAAUGCUUACCAGAAAAGUGAGCCAAAAAUUAGAAUAAAUACAUUUCUGAAAUA